AUGGACGUCUCCAACGCUUUUCUUCAUGGUCAUCUCGAGGAGCAGGUCUUCUGUCAGCAGCCCACUGGAUUUGUUGAUCCGGCGUGUCCCGAUGAUGUGUGCCUGCUUUCCCGCUCAUUAUAUGGGCUCAAGCAGGCUCCUCGUGCCUGGUACCAGCGUAUCGCAGCGUUUCUUCAUCAACUCGGCUUCCGCUCUACACGCUCCGAUGCUUCACUGUUUGUUUAUCACCAGGGCACCGACACGGCGUAUUUGCUUCUCUAUGUUGACGACAUCAUCCUGACAGCAUGCACUUCUAAGCUCCUUCGCCGGCUUACUGAUCGUCUCCGUGCUAAGUUUGCCAUCAAGGAUUUGGGUCCUUUGCACUACUUCCUCGGUGUUGAGGUGGUGCGUCGUCCAAAUGGUUUCUUUCUUCAUCAACGGAAGUACGCUCAUGAGCUCCUCGACCGUGCUGGGAUGCUUAAUUGCAAACCGGCCGCCACUCCUGUCGACAUGAAGGCCAAGCUCUCCGCUACUGAUGGUACUCCUGCCUCGGAUGCUGCUUUCUACCGGUCCAUUGUUGGUGCUCUUCAGUACCUCACCCUCACUCGACCGGAGCUUCAGUAUGUUGUUCAGCAGGUCUGCCUACAUAUGCAUGCUCCUCGAGACGUUCACUGGACUGCUGUUAAGCGGAUUCUCCACUACAUCCGCGGUGCUAUGGAUCUUGGUCUUACUCUGCGUGCCUCCACUGCCACUGAUCUGGUCGCCUACACCGACGCCGAUUGGGAUGGCUGCCCGGACACCCGUCGCUCUACUUCGGGUUACUGCAUCUUCCUUGGACCGUCCCUGGUGUCGUGGUCAUCCAAGCGGCAGCCCACUGUCUCACGGUCUAGCGCCGAGGCUGAGUACCGCGCUGUGGCCAACGUUGUUGCUGAGUGUUCCUGGCUUCGUCAGCUUCUUCACGAGCUCUUGUGUCCUGUUGAUAAGGCCACGGUAGUCUACUGCGACAACGUAUUCGCCGUCUACCUCUCCGCCCACCCGGUUCAUCAUCGUCGCACCAAGCACAUUGAGCUUGAUAUCCAUUUUGUUCGGGAUCAGGUGGCUCUUGGCCAUGUUCGUGUUCUACACGUUCCCACCUCCCAACAAUUUGCCGAUAUUAUGACCAAAGGCUUGUCUACGACGUCUUUUGAGGAGUUCCGGUCCAGUCUCUGCGUCAGCAACGGUGUCGCUUCGACUGCGGGAGGGUGUUGA